AGCCGCCGGACUAACUGGGGGGCUUUCGAGGACUUAAAACAAGUAAACCAAACGGCAGUAACAGUGACUGUUCGGGAUUCCAUUUCAAAACCGCUCUAAGCACACAUUAAGGCCGUCUUGCCGUGGCCGGGGCGCGCGCCGAGCCACGUGACUUUUUUAUUAUUUGUGUAUCGGUAAUCCGCAGAGCGGCCUCCGCGGCCCGCUUCCGUGUGCGUGCGCGAGUGUGUGUGUGUACGUGUGUGCGCGUGUGUUGACGCGAGUGUCUCUUCACCUGGAAGUAGUGCAUCAUCAAGGACUUUCAAUCCGGAUAACCCUCAGCCCAGCAAGCUGCACUUCGCGGGCCUUGCUCCUCCGGCCGCCACCCUGGAGGAUGUGGUGAGCGCGUGCGUGGCCCCCGUGGGCCCCGUGGCCCCCGUGUCCAGCCUGUACCCCGGGUCGGGCCUCGGCCUGCCCGGCCACGGCCAGACGGCCUUCAAGGUGGAGGCCCCCGACCCGUACAGCCCCCUGUUCGCCGCGCCCCGCAUCAGCGUCAAGCAGUGGGGGCUCGGCGGCGGGGGCGGCGGCCUCGGCGGCGACGUCACCAAGCUGAGCCCCCGCGGGGAGAUGGAGCCCCUGGACCUGCAGGACCUCGUGUCCGGGGUGUCCGCCUCGCCCUCCGCGCACCCCGUCUCCGCGGACAGCCCCCACUCCCACCCCCACCUGGCGUCGCUGGGCACGGCGCAGGGCCAGGACCAGCUACUGCACCACCAGCAGCACCAGCACCAGCACCACCACCACCAGCAGCACCAGCAGCAGCACCACCACCACCAGCACCACGAGUACCAGGCGGCCUGCGCGCCGCUCCUGCCCCACGAACCCUUAGAGAAGCUAAAAUUAUGGGCGGAGACGGGGGACUUCAGGGACUCGGGCCAGCACUCCAUGCCCUCCAUGUCCAGCCCCGUCACCACCAACGACUCCCACCUCGGCUUCAACAAGAGCAGCUCCAGAGAUAGAAAAGGCUCCAGGGUGCCGUCCAUCGACGCGCCGCUGGGCUCGGUCAAGACGGAGGCGAGCUUGGAGGCGGACGGGCUCAACAACGGCGACGACGUGGGCCACGGUGCGCACGGCGGCCACGGCGGCCACGGCACGCACGCCUCCUCCAGCAGCACAGUGAACAGUUCGACCAAGAAGGGCGCGAGUGCGUCGGGGUCGGCGGGGGGCGGGGGCGGCUCGGGGACCGCGGGGAACAAACGCCAGAGGCGGCAGAGGACUCACUUUACGUCGCAGCAGCUGCAAGAGCUGGAGGCGACCUUCUCAAGAAAUCGCUACCCGGACAUGAGCACGCGGGAGGAGAUCGCCAUGUGGACGAACCUCACCGAGGCCAGAGUGCGGGUGUGGUUCAAGAACCGGCGGGCCAAGUGGCGGAAGCGGGAGCGCAACGCCAUGAGCGCCGCGGCCGCCGCCGCCGCCGACUUCAAGAACGGCCUGGUGGGCAGCCAGCUCAACGGCUUCAUGCAGCCCUUCACGGACCCCGAGUCCCUCUACUCGUCCUACUCCUACAACAACUGGGCCUCCAAGGUGCCGUCGCCGCUCGGCGCCAAGACCUUCCCCUGGCCCGUCAACCCCCUGGGAGUCCCCAGCACGCCGCACCAGUCGUCCGUCAACUGCUUCACGCCGGCGUCGGCGAGCAGCGUGAGCGCGGGCUCCAUGAUGUCCAGCAGCCUGGGCGCGUCUGCCGGCUCGGUCGGCGUGGGCGGCGCGGGCUGCUACUACGAGCACUCCAUGUACCGGUCGGCGGGCGAGCCCUGCUCCAUGUCCUCCAUCGCGCAGCUCCGCCUCAAGGCCAAGCAGCACUCGUCGGGCGCCUUCUCCGUGGGGUCGUACCCGGCCGUCAGCCCGUCCGCGCACGCCGCCAGGGGCCCUGUGGUUGACGAGAAUAUUUACGUGGGGGAGACUUCGUGCUGACCUCAAGGCGCUGAGAACGAGAGCUCUGCCGGAAAACGUUCCCCUCAUCGGAAAUGAGAAUCAAUUCGUUCUUGGUUCGUUUCUUUUCGUCGAGCUUUUUUUUUCCUUCGAUUGUUUGGGCAUUUACUAAGUCUGUCGCAGACACGUUGUUUGUUUUUAUGUUUUUUUCAUCUAAAUUGUAUCUAGUAUGAUGCCAGAAGCGUGUGGACUUUGAAUAAAUAGUUGCCACCUCAGCGCGCUCCCAGUCAGUCUUUAUCUAGUCUUUUGCAGCCACGCACCGCGAUGUUAAACUGUUUUGUUUUUUCUGGUCGUCCGUUUUAGACCUCGCCUAGCUGUGGUUUAAUUUAUAUCAAGAUAUUGACAUCCGUUUGGUGCUGGCUCAAAGUAUAAGUUUAGUGUACCAUGAGAUACCAAAAACAAAAUGUAAAGAAAAUAUUCUUGUGUGGCGGUAGUGCCGGUCUGUGAUUGUGUUUUGUAAAGUUAAGAUGAUAUUCGUUAGUCGAUUAAGGCAAGAUUGUGUUUAAGGGUUGAAAUGGGGCAAGUAACGUUUCUGGGCCGUUUUAAAAAAAUAUUGUAAUGAAACUUUACCCAGUUGGGAGACACUAGACCAAGCGUCAACUUUUUAAUUUUGAGCUCGUGAAAGUGUUGUUAAUAUGAGAACAGGGUAAACAAGCACACCUUUUAUCAACUAAAAGCAAACUUCAAAAAUGUUUCGUUUGGAUAGGUUUGUGCUCUUAAUUUUGUUUUCUUACGAACACCUAAAAUGUCCGCUGAUGUGGUACAGCACUUAGAAAAACUCCAGUAUGGGGGAGUAAUACCCUUGAAAUAAAUCCCAAUGCAGUUUGUAUAUAUCCCAAAACUAAAUUUCCCGGUCAAAAUCGCUGCUGGACUAGGCUAUGUCCUUGGACGGACAAGUCCGACGGACACCCGGGGGCACCAUGUGAUCCGCCUGAAUAUAUUUCUUGUACUGAAACUGAAUGUGCAAUAUUUGAAUGUAAAUAGUCAUCUUUAAGAGGCAUAUUAUUGAUGUAAUUUAAAGUAAAUGAUUAUUGUAAGUUAAUUAGUACAAAAAAGGAAAACAGGAAUUUAUAA